CCUUUAUGAUCCCGGGAUCUCCCACUUCCCUCACCAGACAUCAGCCAGCAACAGAGGCGAACACAGCUCCCUCUCUGACUCUCGCACUGUCUCUGCCUGCAGCCGCAACUCAUCCAGAGACUCCAGAGAGACCGCAGCAGCAUCUCAAACACCGGUCCCUUACAGAAUUACACUCACAAAGGAACUGGCAGGACAACGGGCAGUGCAACUUGCACAAAAGGGGAUCUACAGCUGUUUUGAGCAUAUAGCCAGGGGAGGAAGACAUUUAUCUACGUUUUUAACCCCACACUCUUGUGCCCUUCUGCGUCGUGCCACAAUGUCCGAGGUGCUGCCAUACAACGAGGGGAAAAUGAGCGGCUAUGGGGCAGACAGCGAGGUCAGUCAGAUGUCCUUUAGCUGCGGACUACAGGACACAAGCGCCUUUUUUGCUGCGUCGCAGGCGAAAAGACCCCCAAAGCUGGGACAGAUCGGCAGAGCCAAGCGAGUGGUCAUCGAGGACGACCGAAUAGACGAGGUCCUCAAGGGGAUGACAGACAAGUCUUCGCCCGGCGUUUAAACGCGAAGGAUGCCUUGCAGACUUUUUCAUUUUGAUCACCGAUUUGAAGAAGCACUUGUCGGCUGUGCAUGUUCGAGGACUGCAGGAGAAAACGACGGCACGAAGCGAGGAUGGGAUGACGAAAGGAAACCAAAAAGGGGGCAAAAGAAGGGGAAACUGAGAAAGGAAGAGAAACGAGGAAGAGAGGAAACAAGAGAGAAGGAGAAGGAGAGAUAGACUCUGGAAAAAACCAAGAUUUAUCAAGGGAUUGCUGGCAAUUCUCCAAACGAAUCCCGAUUUUAACUACUGCUGUGCAGCACGAUGUUGAGAUGGCGGACAAUGCUCUGUAUCUCAACCUCUGCUGACUUUAGUGAUGGAUGAACUUGUCAUUACUUCAAAACCAUCUCCUUUUCCUUUCCAAAAGCGCUGUAAGCAACAAAAUACUGCAACUGGAGGCUGAGGCUAAAUCCCAGCCCUGUUUCAGUGAGUUGUACAGUAGGUAGGUAGGUAUGUAGGUAUCCCCCCCCCCCGGGCCCAUU